AUGGAUGGGAGGUUGGCUGGUGCCGCCCCCUCUAGCCUGCUCAAUGUGGAGACCCUCUUCUCCCUCCCCCUCCCCCUCCCCCUCCCCUGGCCACCUCAACCCCCUUCCAUAGACAACCCCCCAAUGGACAUUUCCAAAUGGCUGGAUGAAGUGGCAGCGGCAGAGAAACUCGUCAGCUUCCAGUCAGCCCCAAUCCCAGCUCUGCGUGGCCGUGAAAAGGGGCUCAAAAGAAAGCACACGCGGGAGCGAAGUCGGACUGACAGCUCACUGCUCGAAUCUUUGUCUCCGCGGCCCACGACCACCACGAGGCCUCGGAAUCUCCCUAGCGAGGGUGGGACAGACGAGAGUGCCCAUGGAGAGCAUCCCGGCCAUGUACGCGGCGAUCCUACCCGCUUCAGCACGUCCAGCGAGCGGUAUGCACGGAGACCUCGCCGAAAGACACGCCCGGGUCGGUACGAGCAUUCCCCCAAGGUCGCUGGGGAGUGGGGCAGGCAUGUCCAUCGGAGCCGGAAAGGCGUGGUCCAAAAGACACAGGGCAAGUCUAAGCGCAAGCAUGAGAAAAAGCACGGCAGCGGCGUGGGACAAGACUUCUACGCCAAGAACGUUACAGGAGAUCGGCUGACGCUCAAGCCACGGGAGCAUUGGGGACUCUUCAACAAGGGAAAGACUUCGACGGCUGUCAAGGGUCGCGGUGUGCCGGAUCUUGUCUUCUCCGAAAUGAAAUUCUUGCAGAAGCAUGAAGAACAGUCAAGCCUGCCACGAAGACCAGAAAAUACCAAGAGUAGGCGCAAAAGGGACCAUGUCCACUCGAAAGAGGGAGAGAUAUCUGCCUACUUCACGACUGUACGACCUACUCUGGUGGAGAAGGACCAUAGUGUGUCUGAUUGUCGAAGAGCACAUGUAAAGGAGUCGGUUCCCAUCUCAGUGCAACAGGACCAGAAACCACAUCCCCUGAAUGACGCAGCAGUGCCUACUAUUGAAGCACCCACCAAGGCUUCGUACCUGGGAUUUGGUAGUAGACGUCCACAUCACGACAGCACAAGCUACGUAACUUGGUCCGAGUCAGGUAGAGCUCACAGUACUACUCCAGCCCGCCCACUGGAUCGGAGCAGUACGCGUGAGCUUCAGGUAAGAUUAUCAGGGCGUAACCACAAUGGUAGGCCCAUGGAUAGCCGUCGGGGUUCUUCUGUUCCACGGGCUCCUCCGGCAAUAUCCCGGCUUGAAAGUAGUCGCUCGUCGAAGCGACUCGAGGACUCUUCCCCACAUCCCUCACGCCGUUCAGUGUUUAGAUCUCGGUCAUUUCCUCAGCGCACAUCGUCCCCACGACGCAUCAAUGCCAUUGACCAAGUGGCCAGUUGUCAGCAGGCUGACAACGCUGCAUCAACCUCGUCAAUGCCACCUUCAUUACCUACCCAUGUAGAGCUCAAAUGUAUCAGGCCCAAACCUGUCCAUACGCGUGAAAAAGAAACAUGCGCUUCGACCGCUGUUCCAUAUUCCAAACAAGUCUCGCUUUCUGGACGGCGGCGACACCGUGAGAGUGUAGUAGUAGUAGAAGAAGAAGAAGAAGAAGAAGAAGCCAUGUACGAGAUGGCGCCAUCAACGGCUUCUGAUUUGGACAGAACGAUACAGCAGUGCAAUAAGAGGUUCCAACAAAGAAGCCGGCCUACGACUGCACACCACAAUUUCGCUGAGCGAUGUGAACGGUCGCAUUCGGCCCGAAGAGCAAGAAGUCAUAGAAAUCCAGACCUCGAUGUAAUUCCAAGGGUGCGCUUUGCAGGGACAGAGCCGCGUAGGCCAGCGCUAGCCAACAUCGCUGGACCAGGCGUAUAUGAACAGCAGGCACAGUAUGGGCGAUCCCGUGGGUUCUGCUUGGAGGAGGCUGCGUUGGACUCGUGCUGUGUGGAAGCAGAUUACAUGGACCAUGAUGACAAGCUGUUCUUGGAGGAAGCGGGUUGGGAAGAGGAGCUGCCAGAGGAGACGUUUGCGUACAGACAGGGCGCAGACGGGCUGGAUAGUGGAAUGUAUGGCAGGGACAUUGGACUGGAGUCAGAUGGCCUUGUCCAGCAUGUAGCCUCUGGUGACAGUGUAGUGGCAGCUGGGUUUUGGCGGCCAAAUCGGUUGUAUUGA